AAUUCUAUGAAUUUCGCCGUGUACAAGUCGUCGAGCUAUCGUAUGCCAGUGAACGGUAGCGCUUUUGCGCUGGAUCUUGAAGGCGGCAAGGAAAUGUGGACGGGCAUUUUUUCAUCUGCUCAUGUGGCCGACGGCUGGAAACCACUGCUCAACGUCGACGGUCAGUGUUCCCACCUAAUCACUCCAAAGCUUAAACAAUGA